CUUGUGUAGUCGCAUUGUUUUGUUGUUGGUUGCGCUCUGAAAGAGUGUUGAUGUUUUGAGGCGUGUAACAUCCGAGAGAGACUCUUUUUGCACCGAGGACAUUUUUUUCUUCCCUUCCUGCUGUGGAUAAAGACAAUAUCUAUCUUUCAUCUUUGAGAGCUCCGAGGUUUGAUUCAGACUCGGCAACAUGUCAGAAAGCUCGAGUGACACCGAGUCGUCAUGCGGCUGGACUGUCAUCAGCAACGAGGGUUCGGACAUCGAGACUCUGGGACCCGAGAUUGUGGUGGAUUACGAUCCAGAAGAGGCAGCCGGAGCUUCUGCCCCGGAGCAGCCCGCCCCUUCACGAGCUCAGGACGGCGAGGCGGUGGGACAGUCCUCCAUUAAAAAGGAUGAGGCGGCGCCGGAAGCCGAGCCUGGACGACAGGCAGGAAAGGAGGCGGGGCUAGAGGACCACACGCAUCUCUGCUCCUCCAGCGAUCACUCUGACAUCGUCACCCUCGGCGACUGCAGGGAGGCGGAGCUCGGGGUGUGGGAGGAGCCUGUCGUUAGGGAAGACGAGGACACGGGGAACGAGGAGCUGUACUUGGGGACGUCGUCAAGCAGCCAGUACACGUUCAGCGCUGUGGAGACCAUUUUCCCAGCAGACCUCACCGCACGCAGAGGCUCCAGCAGCACCAGCACCGAGGAUGAGGAUGAGGACGGCGAGACGAAGGCCAGUGCGGGGACGGCGACGGUCCGGAGGCGCAGGAUGAGGAGGAGCACGACCGGCUCGGACCCGGAGGAGCAGAAGGAGAAAGAGGAGAACGGAGAUGAAGGUCAUGAGGAGGUGGAGGAGGCUGAGGAGCAGAGAGAAGCUCGCAUCCAGCAACAGCGACAGAACAGCAGGACCCUGAACAAGUGCAUCCUCCUCGCCCUCGUCAUCGCCAUCAGCAUGGGCUUCGGACAUUUCUACGGCACGGUGCAGAUCCAGGAGAGACAGCGUAAGGCCCAGCAACUGAUCUGCAGUGAGAGUCUGAUAGAUGAUCUCGAGGAGACACAAGACUUGGAGAUGUCCCUGCCCGGCAUUAUGGACCAGAUUUCCAAAGAGAAUCAGCAUCUCCGAGCCAGAGAAGCAGAGCUACAGGCUCAGAGGCAAGAUUUACUCACACAGCUUCAGCAGGCCAAGAGUGAGAUGGAUUCUCGUCAGAAGCACCUUGCCUCGGAGAACCGGGCGCUGAAGAACACUCUGGAACGAGAGGAAGCGUCUCUCUUGGCCCUGCAGGACAAGCUCCGACAGCUCCGGGCUCAGGUCCGCGAGCUCGAGGAGAAAGGAGCCGGUGCUGACUCCAUCCUUUCUGAGAACCAGCGCCUGAAGGACCACCUCCUGGAGGAGAAGCAGAGGAUCCGGAGCUACCUCAGCCAGAAGGAGGCCCUGAUGGCAGAGGCUCAGGUGCUUCGGAAAGAGCUUGAUAAGGAGAGGAAAGUGACCGUUAAGCUGAGGGAGGAGCUGGAAGAGCUGAGCCAGAGAGAUACCGGGAUGCAAGAGGAAGGAGAGGUUGAUACCGAAACCGAGGAACUCCAGACUCGACUACGGGAACUGGAGAAGAAGCUGAGUUUUGAGCAGCAGCGGUCUGACCUGUGGGAGCGACUGUACGUGGAAUCCAAGGAAGACCGAGCCAAAGGAGACACUCAACCAAAGACCAGGAAGUCCAAAGAAGGCAUGCUCGGGAAGGUCAAGGAGACGUUCGAUGCAGUGAAGAACUCGACCAAGGAGUUCGUCCAUCACCACAAAGAGCAGCUCAAGAAAGCACAGGAAGCCGUCAAGGAGAACCUCAGGAAGUUUUCAGACUCCGUCAAAUCCACAUUCAGGCAUUUGAAGGACUCCACCUCGAAUGUCUUUGACAGAAUCCGAAGGCCACAGGACAGAAGGUUCAACGAGAAAAAGGACAUGAAAUUGGAGCAAGAAUUUCAGCAGGACACUUUCAAAAAACAGCAGAACAAACGUUCAGAAGAAGAAGAACACUGGCAACACCACCGGCCCCUGCACCAACAUCCUCGCAAAUCCACAGUGGACUCCUCCUUCCAGGCAGACCGCAACACACGCAAACCAGGUGCCCCAAAGCAUCAAAGAACUACAGGAUGCAAAGCAACGCCUAAGGGAUGCACCGGCGUCUUUGACUGCGCCUACCGAGAAUCCAUGAGUCUCUUCAACAAGGCCAUGGAGCCCAUCAGAGCGGACGAGUUCCACCAGCUCCUCCACAGCUACCUGCAGCAGGAAGUGGGUCACUUCCACCACUGGAGAGAGCUCGACAACUUCAUCAACAGUUUCUUCCAGAAUGGACUCUUUAUUCACGAUCAGAUGCUGUUCACAGACUUCGUCAGCGGAGUAGAAGACUACUUGGUGGACAUGGACGAGUACCAGGAUGAGAACGAGGACGUUUUUGAGGAUCUGGACGAUUACAUAUACAAGCACUUCUUCGGAGUGACUUACUCAGAACAGAACGCUCAUAACGGCCCAAGUCGACCCUUCGAAGGCCCGGGGUCAAAAGUCAAAUCGGAGCGGGAGUGCCAACGAAAGCAUCAGCAGCGAAAGCAUCAGAAUUCGCGCCCUCUGCCUUCCCGAGACAGGAAGUGGGCCCGGUCGGGGCGCAGCUCUGACAGACACUUCGCAGACGUCAAAAUCGAGCUCGGGCCCAUGCCGUUCGAUCCGAAAUACUAGCAAACUUUUUCCAAUGUUAGUUGUUUCUACUUCUAGCUUUUAGAUUUGAAAAUAAAAGCGGCUGUUAUUGCAAAAAUGUUUGGAAUCUCAAACAUUGCGUUCAGGUCAUGUGAUUAUUACGCUGAACAAUGACGCAUUGUUCGAAAAGAAUCAGAAACAUUGUUCCGUUCGUGACGUAGCAUCACAGUUUCACAAGAACAUUGACACGCGACCUGAACGCACUGUACGCCUAGCGAACCCUCUGCCUCGUCCCCCGAAAUGUUGUGAUUUUGCACAAAUCUGAACGCUCUAAACGUUGUUCUACGUGCGUGUGUGUAUGCUAAUCCGCAGCUAGGUUUCAGUGGAGUCCGUAGCAAGCACAGACAUGAAUUAUUCUAACGCUUCUUUAGUUCCAGUUACAAGUCAAGUUCUACAGUGAAAUCCAAACGUUUGAGAAUGCACUCGUAAGCACUGUGUGUUGGGAAGAGAAGUUUAUUUCUAUUAAAUAGACGAAUUGAGUAAAUUAAUGAACGAAUCCUGCGCAGGACCAGAUGGUUGAGUUUGAUCUACUGAGCUUUCACUGGACUGUGGAUCUGUUUGUAGCUUGGUGUUUAUUAAUAAACGUGACCGCUGCUGAGUGUUAGCGCUCGAUGGCGUCAGCGUGGAGCUGAAUGUUUGUUUCCAUCCUGGGUGUGUUGUGUGUUUCUCCUUUUGUUGUUUGCUCAUGUCAUGCUGGAUGGGUUACAUUCCAGUCGUACCAAUUGUUGUUAUUAUUAUUAUUAUUAUUAUUAUUAUUAUUUUGAAUAAUUGUCCAAAGAGUAAUUUGUUUUGGCUGAUUUGCAGUUCAUUAGAAAAAUAAAUAAAUAAAUAAAACACACGCAAUAAAAAAGUCAUUUUGCUUGAAGUUACCUGUCUUCCUUCUGGAAUGUACUGCAAUAAUCUGAAGCUGAAAUAAAUAAAAA